CAUAUUUAGGAACAAAAGCAUAGAGAUUAGAGAAACAGAGUAAACAAAUUAUUUCUAAAAUAAAAAUAAAAGAGAGGAAACAAAUUAGGUUUCAAUAUCAAGUAUAAAAAAGAUUGUUAUUUCUUGAGUUAUUCUUCUUCUUCGUUGUUUUAUUUGUAGUUAUAUUUGAGAGAGACAGAAAAAUGACAGGAGUUUCAAAGGAAGAAAGCGUAAGUUUAGACCUUUUGAGGCAAAAGAUGAGAGAUUUUGCUAAGGAAAGAAGCUGGGAACCUUAUCAUACUCCUAGGAACCUGCUUUUGGCUCUGGUGGGAGAAAUGGGAGAGCUAUCGGAGAUAUUCCAAUGGAAAGGGGAGGUGGAAAGAGGUUUGCCAAACUGGAAAGAAGAAGAGAAAGUUCAUCUUGGUGAAGAACUCUCUGAUGUUCUUCUCUAUUUGAUUCAACUAUCUGACAGUUGUGGCAUUGAUCUUGGUCAAGUUGCUCUUCGCAAACUUCAACUUAAUGCUGUGGGAGAAAUGGGAGAGCUAUCGGAGAUAUUCCAAUGGAAAGGAGAGGUAGAAAGAGGUCUGCCAAACUGGAAAGAAGAAGAGAAAGUUCAUCUUGGUGAAGAACUCUCUGAUGUUCUUCUGUAUUUGAUUCAACUCUCUGACAGCUGUGACAUUGAUCUUGGUCAAGUUGCUCUUCGCAAACUUCAGCUUAAUGCUGUUAAGUAUCCUGUUAACAAAUAACUUGUUGAUGUAACUAAAACUAUAAGACAUAGUUAUAUUAUGACUACUGCAUUGUUUAAUUUCCAUUGCUAUAUAAUUGAUGGAAACUUUGGUUAGUUCUGUUCUGUUUUUUUUUUUUUUCUAUUCUGAAACUAUAUGACAUGAUUUUUUGCCCA